GAGCGAGCUGCUGGCGGUGGUGAGCCUCACGUCCACCUGUAUGCUCUUCCUCCACACCAGCAACCUGCAAAGUCAGCUGGCCGUCUACACCAACCAGCUGGACGCUCCCUCGUCAGGCUUCCCACAAGGGCACUCCGAGGCGUACACCAGCGGAGUCUCAGAGGGACACAGCAUCCGGGAGAGAGGGAAGGACGGGGGACACAGAUCCUCCAGCCGGUACAAGCAGUAUGACCUUGAAAAGUUCAGACAACUUGACCCCAUGAGCCUCAACAACACCGUCCACCACAACAAGAUGACGCUGAUGUUCAACAGGGUGCCCAAGGUGGGGAGUCAGAGCACCAUGGAGCUCCUACGAACCCUCUCCUACAAGAACGGCUUCACCUUCCACAAGGAUCGCCCGCAGAAAGUCGAGAAUAUCAAGUUGACGCCCAGAGAACAGAAACGGCUGGUUCAACUCGUGGACGUUUUCAGGCCGCCUUCAGUCUACGUCAAACACGUCUGCUACAUCAACUUUACCACGUUCAAAUUAACCCAGCCCAUCUACGUCAACAUGGUGAGGGACCCGGUGGAGCGUGUCAUCUCGUGGUAUUACUACGUGCGCGCGCCCUGGUACUUCGUGGAGCGCAAGCAGGCCUUCCCCGAGCUGCCGCUGCCCUCCCCCGCCUGGCUCAGAAAGGACUAUGAAACGUGUGUGCGGACUGGGGACCGGGAGUGCCAGUACAAUGAAGGGGGCGAACGGCCAGACUUCGCCCAGCUUACUGAGUUCUUCUGUGGCCAAGACCCACAGUGCACGGGCUUCAACACCCAGUACGCACUGCAGAAGGCCAAGGAGAAUGUGGAGAGGAACUAUGCCGUGGUGGGGGUGCUGGAGAACAUCAACAUGACCCUCACUGUCCUGGAACACUAUGUACCAAAGUUCUUCAAAGGGGCAAAAGAGGUGUACUGGAAUGAAGUUCAGAAGUUCUCCAAGGUGAACCGGAACAUUUACAAGCCACAGGUUGCAGAGAAGGUGAAGGAUAUAGUGAGGAAAAACUUCACCAGGGAGAUGGAGUUUUAUGAGUUCUGCAGAAGACGUCUGUACAUGCAGUACGCAGCACUCAAGCUUCCAGAGCAGGAGUGGGAGUGAGCCUCGUCCAGGGCUGGCCAGGAGUGUCUCCAGUGAUAUACAGUGUGAUACAAAUGGUGUUCUGGGCAAAGCAAGCAUCAGUGACAGUGACAGCAGGGAGCAUUUUCUCACUCCUGUUGUGUUAGGGGGAUCUAUUGUUUUCUGGCAAGUUUUCCUGUUUAGUUUCCCCUUGAUCUUACUGUUCCCCUCAGCCCAGCCACUCAGUCAUCUAUAGAAGAGCAGAUGCCUAUCCAGGACAACAGUAUAAUGCAGUAUCCUCACCUUUUUAUAUUAUAAUUUCACAAACAAUGAAUCUCAGUUUUCAUCAAACAAUCAUCAUAAAACUUGAGGUACCUGCAUUACUACCAUACAGCACUGGUUAUAUGGUUGUGGUUGACCUCAAACAAAAUGUGAUUGUACCUCAUCAUGUUGUUACCAAGCUGCGUUGCUAUGAAGGGCAUGCAGCAUCACGUGGAUGCUGCAUGCCAGACUGUUUAUCAGGUCACUGUGCCUUAGCAGGUUUAAGGUACAUUUUAUUGUUAUAUAUGUACUUGUUAUGUAAUAGGACUUAGUCUCCAUUUUUAUCAUGGGAACAAACACAUUCCAGCUUGUUAAGUGACGAUUACGACUUGAUUUAGGCGUAACAUUUAUCUCUGCAUCUUUUUGUACAUAUUCCAUAGGGUUGGAACAUUUAUUUCUCUCGCACAUUUCAUUGUAUUUAUACACAUUGUGUCAGUUUCAUGAAUAUCUCUAGGUUGUUGUAUUCAAAUGCUUUAAAAGUAUGUCUGUCUCCUAUAUGUAUAUUUAUGUAAGCUAAAUAUUAUCUAUGUACUUCGUGUGUCAUCUGUUUAUUUAUUUGUUUCGCAACGGUGAGCUAUAUGUAUACUUUCCCUAAUGGGUGACCCUGAUGUGUAGCUCAUGUGCCUUAAAAAUGAUGUGUUCAUUGGUUUAGUGAGCCAUGUACAUCUGUAGUGCUGGCUUUGUCUAUAAUGUUUUGAUGGUAAAGAUUGGCUCAUGCCACCACAUACUCA